AAUACAUCACCACCUUCGUCUUCAUAAAAACACACUCACACACACUCCGAUCUCUCCUCCUCUCUCUCUCACUCUCGCUAUCUAGUGGGUUGAAGGCUUCUCAGAAGGCGAGCAAAGCGAGAAAAAACCUUGACUCCAACCCCAAGCGAUCACUUCUCUCCUCGGUUUAUCCAUUUGAAGGUCUACGUCUUCCUCCUCACCGGCAUCGAUGAGAACAGAGCCGACUCGAAUGCCUCCAAAGUCAUCUUCUUGGCCGAAGACGGUUGUCUGCAAAUGGCUCAACUUGAAUAAUCCGGAGUCGUACUGUGACCGCAACACAGGCAAUUUUGGGGUGAUACAGAGGCGGAAGAGCUGUUCGGACAAGGACGGCAGCGUUCUAACCAGCAGCGAGUUGUCAGGUGGAUGGUUGGUGGAGAGCUGUGAAAGCCUCGAACGCCCCUGUUUUGGGAAGGAGAUGCCGGUUUGCUCCUCGCACGCCGUCGAGGGAUUGCGGGUGUUCGUGGGCACAUGGAACGUGGGUGGGCGGCCGCCCCACGGCGACCUCGGCCUGAGAGAUUGGCUCAUCAGCACGCCUUCGCCGGACAUCUACGUUCUCGGGUUUCAGGAGAUCGUCCCUUUGAACGCCGGUAAUGUCCUGGGGCCAGAGGACAGAGGCCCGGCGAACAGGUGGCUUGCCCUUAUUCGACGGAUGCUGAACCCAGAGAUGCCAAAUCCCUGCAGCUGCGCCUCCGGCGAUCUCGACAGGGGGAGUAUCAAGCCCAGAGUCAGCUUCUCCGAUUUGCUCUCGCUGGAGCUAGAAGAGCGAGACGACGACGGCCACGGCAGCGCUGGACAGGAGAUGUACUUCCUAGCGUCUAGCAAGCAGAUGGUGGGCAUCUUCCUCUGCGUGUGGGUCCGCGCCGGCAUCGCCGACGCCAUCACCAGUCUCAAAGUCUCCUGCGUAGGCAGAGGCAUCAUGGGUUACAUGGGCAAUAAGGGAUCGAUAUCGAUGAGCAUGACUCUGCACGGAACAAGCUUCUGCUUCGUGUGCACGCACCUGGCGUCAGGAGAAAGGGACGGCGACGAGAUUCGCCGGAACUCCGACGUGAUGGAGAUCAUCAAGAGGACCAAAUUCCUACAUUCUCACAGGACUAAUGCAGCACGAACCCCAGAAACUAUCCUGAAGCACGACAAGAUCAUAUGGCUUGGAGAUCUCAACUAUCGAUUAAUGGCUUCCAAUAGCAUCGAGACACAAGCACUGUUGCAGAGGAACAAUUGGCUGGCCUUGUUAGAGAGAGACCAGCUACUGAUAGAACAGAGAGAUGGAGGUGUGUUUGCAGGGUGGGAAGAAGGAAGAAUAAGCUUCCCUCCGACGUACAAAUACAAGGCCAAUUCUGACAUCUACGCUGUUAAUCCGGCCAAAUCCAGAGAGAAAAGACGAAUCCCAGCCUGGUGCGACCGUAUCUUGUGGCGAGGGAAGGGGAUGAAGCAAAUGUGGUACGUGAGAGGCGAGUCGCGGUUCUCCGACCACCGCCCAGUUUACUCCCUCUUCUCCGUGCAGCUCAACCAAGAAGUAGAGACAAGCAACGGGAGCUCUGCCGGGUCGUCGUCAUGGGGGAAAGUGCAGGCUGAGGAGUUGUUCCUCGUAGCCCGAACUCAAAGCUGCAUGGAAGCCAGCAGAUACUAAUUAAUUCAUUAACUAAUCCUUCCCCCACGCAAAGUGCGCACCCAUUUGCUUGAGCAGAAAUCCACAGGAAGAGAGUGCAGAGAACUGGCGCUUCUGUCUGGGGCCACUUGGCUUUGGACUGCAGCCUUUGACCUCGCUAGCUAGCUGAGGCAAUUCGACAAAUACCUGGUGGGCCGGCAGCAGCCUUGACCAAGCGAAGACUGCAGCGUGCGCAGCAUUCUUUUCAGGGAUGCUCCGGGGCAAUGAUUGAGAUGGUUAAGGGGAUCGGAAGAGAAGCGGUGAAACACAUGCAGGGACUGGUUUAAUUAAGCUCUUUGCUCCAAAUUACUGUUCGUCUUCAAAUGUGGGAUCGUGUGCAGGAUGAGAGGGGAACAGCCCAACAGAGUGGAAGGGUUUGUCGGUGUUAUUCUUUGUUGAAAAGCUGUGAGGAAUAGAUAGCUAGCUAGCUCGGAGAUGAAUGGUGGUGGGUCAGAGACGGCUUUUGCUUCGUCUCUACUACUGCUGGUCAGCAACCACUGGAUAAGAUAACCGUGCAGACCUUUUUUAAGGCACGGAUCGCGUUUGUUUAUGUAUAAAUUUUAAGAUGAAUCUAUGCGUGAAGUAGAGAAAAAUUACACACAA